CAUUUGUGUGCUGGCUAUAAAAGCGCAGCUCGCAAUGCCGCGCCGCUUAGUUGAGGCAACGCAGUGCAUGGACGCGCUAUGGCCACAAUGGAGGAACAAGAGGAGAAGCCCAGCUGCCUGCUGCCGGGCCCAGAGCUGUUGGCCUUGCCGAACUUCGACUAUCCGCGUGCCAGCAUCACCUCGGCGGCGUUAAGUGAUGUGCCCAGUGAUGUGAUUAUCAAAUCCCGGAUCAGAUACGGCAGUCGUCUGUCCGCCUGCAAGGGAAUGCUGCUGGAGUACUCGAAGAGCACCACCAUCCACGGCAUUCGCUACAUAUUCGAGCUGCAUCGCCCCAUCUACGAGAAAUUAUACUGGCUGGUGCUGACCUGUACUUCGAUGUACUUCGCGGCGUCGCUCAUUUGGGCCACCUACCUGAAGUGGCAGGACUCGCCGGUGAUCCUGGGCUUCGACGAGACGCUGGUGCCAGUGCACAAGAUACCGUUCCCCACAAUUACCAUAUGCCCGGAGAUUAAAAUGGAGCGCAACGUUUUCGAUUAUGCGAACAUCUCACAAAAGAUCUGGCAGGAGUUCAAGGAGGGCAAUGAAUUUUCCAGUGUAGAAGAAGAAGAUUUGGAGCGUAUGGCAGCCACCAUGCACAUUUGUGACUCGGAUGUUGUUGCAAGGUUUGCGCCGAUUCUGUCAAAGCUGCAUAGCCAGCAAACGGAAAAUGUGACGGAGACAUUGGUGGAUCUGAGCAUCUCGAAGAAUGAGACGGGUCCGUUUUGUCGCUGGAAUGGCCGGUUCUACUUUUGCAACAAGGUCUUUGACUUUGUGGCCACGGACGAGGGCAUUUGCUAUCAGUUCAAUGGACUGCGACCCAAGGAUAUUUAUCGCGAUGAGCGUUUCAUCAGCUAUGUGGAUCCGGACGUAGUUGACUUUCAGAACUACUUUGACACGCAAUUGCCUAGACUAAACGAAAUUCGAGGCAACUGGUCGCUGUCGACGGGCUAUGUGGAUCAGGGCCAGAACUCAUAUCCACAGCGCACUGUGGCCUCAUCGGUUUCGAAAGGGUUCUUUGCCUUCUUACAGGGACUAGAGCACAAUUACGACUACGAUUGCCGUAGCUUUAAGCAAGGCUACAAGGUAUUUCUCAACUCUCCAGAGAGUGUGCCGGUGACAUCCAACAAUUAUAUUCUGGUGCCCCACGGCCAUGAAGUCAUGGUUAGCGUGUUGCCCAGCUAUGUCGUGUCCACGAAUAAUUUACAGGAAAUUACAGCUGAAAAGCGUCAGUGCUUCUUCGACGAUGAACGCCAUCUCCGGUUCUUCCGCAGCUAUUCGCAGAGCAAUUGCCAGACCGAGUGCCUGGCCAACUUUACCAUGGCAAAGUGUGGCUGUGUCAAGUUUUGGAUGCCCAAGCCCUUGGAUGUUCCGGUUUGCGGACUAGAGAAGAUCGCCUGCUACACUAAGGCACAGGACGAGCUCUAUGCCCUAUUGCAGAAUCAGACCGUACAUCAGAGCGUCGAUCCCAAUACCAAGGUCAUGUGCAACUGCAUGCCCGCAUGCACCUCCCUGGAAUAUAACUUUGAGAUAUCGCGUGCCUUCUAUAAUCUGGAAAAAACAUUAGCAGCAUUUCGUGAAGUCUACGAGCACAGUGAUGCGAUUGGCUCGCGUCUGACCGUCUACUUCAAGGAGCAUCAGUUCACGGCCAUAAAGCGAACCGUUCUCUUUGGCGUCUCCACGUUGAUAUCCAAUUGUGGCGGUAUCUUCGGCUUGUUUAUGGGCAUCUCCAGCCUCAGUUUCAUCGAGCUCGUCUACUUCUUCUCGAUGCGCAUAUGCGGUAGCUGCAGUCAGCGACGCAAACGCAAGGCCAUAAUAUUACCGAAGGAACAGGAUGAAGUUCCCAUUGAUCCAUGAUGAUGAGGAUGAUGAUAGCGAUGAGAAUAUCUGCGUGU